CUUUCUGGCCCGCUUUCUCACGGCUCUCGGUGGAAAACGUCAGCAUCGGACGGCCGCAAAAACGGGGAAGGAAUUUCUUCCGACAGGGGGCUUGAACGCGAUGGACUACGACAAAACGGUCGAGGCAAUGGAUACGCAGGAUGAUAAUGAGAUCGAUCCGCCAAACAUUCCCCACCUCACCAAUGCGGUGGUCCCACCAACGGCGGCUGCUAACGGUGGUGGCGGCGGCGGUAUCGGCGGCGGCGGGCUUCCGAUCGAGAAUAUUGAUGGGGCGGGCGAAGCGAUGGCAUUGGACGAUCAGGACUAUAUGAAUGACGAGGUGCGAUCGGAGGCGACCUUUAGCUUUCAAAUUACAAAGUUUAGCCGCAUGACGGAAUCGGUCCUCUCGCCGGCGUACUACGUGCGCAACCUGCCGUGGAAGAUUCUGGCGAUGCCCCGAAACACGGAGAAUGCCGUGUCACCCGGCAAGGGGCUUGGUUUCUUCCUCCAGUGUAACGGUGAAAGCUCCAGCAACAACUGGAAUUGUUCGGCCUCGGCCGAGCUACGAUUGCUGCGUGUCGAUCCGCACGCCGAACCGUUUGUGCGGCGCAUUCGGCACACGUUCUGCAUGCAGGAGAACGACUGGGGCUUCUCGACCUUCAUGAACUGGCAGGAGAUACAGGACCCGGCGAACGGGUACAUCGAGAACGACACGAUCACGCUGGAGGUGUACGUGAACGCGGAACCACCGCGCGGCAUCUUCUGGGACUCCAAGAAGCACACUGGCUACGUGGGGCUCAAGAAUCAAGGUGCCACCUGCUACAUGAACUCGUUGCUUCAGACGCUAUACUUCACAAACCAGCUGCGGAAGGCGGUGUACAAGAUGCCAACGGAGGCGGACGACGACUGCAAGUCGGUGGCGCUCGCGUUACAGCGUGUCUUUCACGAUCUACAAACACAGAACAAACCGGUCGGAACGAAGAAGCUAACGAAAAGCUUCGGCUGGGAUGCGCUCGACUCGUUCAUGCAGCACGAUGUGCAGGAAUUUCUGCGCGUGCUGCUCGACAAGCUGGAGAACAAGAUGAAGGGCACCAGCCUGGAGGGUACGAUCCCGAAGCUGUUCGAGGGCAAGAUGAUAUCGUACAUCAAGUGCCAGAACGUGGACUACACUAGCCGCCGGACGGAAACCUUCUACGACAUUCAGCUGAACAUCAAGGGCAAAAAGAACAUACAGGAGUCGUUCAAAGACUACAUUGCCACCGAAAUUCUCGAUGGCGACAACAAGUACGAUGCCGGUGAGCACGGCCUGCAGAAGGCGGAGAAGGGUAUACUGUUUAGCAAGUUUCCGCCGGUGCUGCACCUGCACCUGAUGCGCUUCCAGUACGAUCCGAUCUCGGACAAUUCGGUCAAGUUCAACGAUCGCUUCGAGUUUGACGAAACGAUCAACCUGGACCCGUUCCUCGAGUCGCCCGAGGACACGCCGGCCGCGUACAUUCUGCAUGCGGUGCUGGUGCACUCCGGUGACAACCACGGUGGUCACUACGUCGUGUACAUCAACCCGAAGAACGACGGCAAGUGGUGCAAGUUCGACGACGAUGUCGUGUGCCGGUGCAGCCGAAACGAAGCGAUCGAGCAAAACUACGGUGGCCACGACAAUGAGCUCAACCUGCGGCACAGUAGCAACGCGUACAUGUUGGUGUACGUGCGCGAAUCGGUUGUCCACCAGGUGCUGGAGGAGGUGAAAGAGAGCGACAUUCCCGAGGAGCUGCUCGAGCGGUUGAACGAGCAGCGGCGCAUCCAGCAGGUUCGCCGGACCGAGCGCACCGAAGCCUCCAACUACGUCAGCCUCAACGUGCUGCUGGCCGACUACAUGGAAGUGCAUCAGAAGUCAGAUCUCUUCGAUGCGGCCACCGCCGCCUACCGUACGCUGAAGGUGCGCAAAACGAUGGACCUGGCCCAGGUGGCGGUACAGAUAGGGCGGGCGUUCAAGAUCGAACCCGGCACCUUCCGACUGUGGGAGGUAAAGAAACCCUCCAAUCUGAAACCGCACCGGUUCGAGUACAUUGAUCCGGUGGCGAGCGAAACGUGCGCCAAGUAUGCGUCGCCCGAAACGAAGCACUCUUGCACGAUCUUUCUCGAGCUGCCCGCACCGGGCGGUCGCGGUGAACUGGAGCCCGCCAAGUUGACGUUCGACGAUACACUGCUGUUUUUCAAGUUUUACGAUCCGGUCGAAAAGCGGCUCAACUACUGUGGACACGGGCUCUACAAACCGUCGGCCACGGUGGCCGAGCUGGUGCGAGACCUGAACCGAAGAGCACAUUACGACCCGGAUACCGAGCUGCAGGUGUACGAGGUGGUUGAUAUUAAUAAGGCGCAAAAAAUCCUCGACCAGCAGCAGACGCUGCAACAGGCGCUGGCUCUGCUGGGACACGGUACAAUCAUUGUUUUCGAGAAGCGCCACCCACCGCAGGAGAACCUCGAGUUUCCGACGUGCGAGGCGUACUUUAAGGAUCUGUUCUGCCGCAUGGAGGUCGUGUUUCUGGACACGCUGAUCCCGAACGAUACCGGCUUCACGCUCGACCUGUCGUCCGAGUCAACAUACGACCAAAUCGCGAAGGCCGUCGGUCGGCGCAUCAACGUCAACCCGUACGAGAUACAGUUUUUCAAGAGCAAAAAUUACAGCGAUCUGCCCGGCCAGCCGUUGUCACACAGCUUCGGCGGUUCGCUGCGGGACGUGCUGCAGUACAGUAAGACGAAGACGAUUCGAAAGUUGUUCUAUCAGAAGUUGUCAAUCAACAUCAACGAGCUGGAAAACAAGAAACAGUUCCGAUGCCUAUACCUGAUGCCGAACCUGAAGGAGGAGAAAGAGCUGAUACUGUACCCGAACAAGAGUGGGACCGUGCGCGAUCUGCUGGACGAGGCGCGAAAGGUGAUCGAAUUCAGUGAGUCCAGCACGAAACAGCUGCGCAUUUCGGAGCUGGCGAAGAACCGUCUGUCGCCGGGCCCGGCCGAUGAUACGCCGCUCGAUCAGCUGCACGAUUACACGGAGAAUCCGUUCGUGCAAAAGUCGAGCAUCGGCAAUCAGAUUAUGUAUCGCAUCGAGGAGGUGGCAGAGGAUGAGGUGAACCUAGGCGAUGGCGAGAUGCUGGUGCCGGUGUUGCACUUCACGAAGGACAUCUCGAGCGUGUUCGGAAUACCGUUCUUCAUACGGACCGUGCAGGACGAGACGUUUGCUUCGCUCAAGGAGCGCAUGAAAAAGAAGCUGGCCGUGUCGGACAAGGAGUGGGAAAAGUAUCGGCUGGCGAUCAUUACCGAGCACAUCGAUUACAUCGACGAUGAGAUGAUGCAGAUCAAGCUCGAGAUCUUUCGGGGCGAUCUGAAUGACCCGCAUUCGCGCACCUUCCUCGGGCUCGAGCACAUCAACAAGAACACCAAGCGCAGCAGGUUCAACUACAUGGAGAAGGCGAUCAAAAUCUACAAUUAGGUAGCGAUCGUGUGUGUGUGUGACGG